AUGACUGGUGCAUUGGAGAGUUUAUGUGGACAAGCUUACGGAGCGGGAGAAUACAAGAAGCUAGGAUCCUACACAUAUACUGCUAGUUUAUGUCUCAUCAUCGCAUGUAUUCCCAUAUGUAUCCUCUGGAUUUUCACAGACAAGUUAUUGAUUUUAAAUGGCCAAGAUCCUUCAGUCUCGACCGUUGCUCGGAGCUUUUCAAUCUAUCUAAUUCCUCGACUCUUUGCCUACGCUGUACUCCAGCCGUUGAUUCGAUUCUUGCAAACCCAGAGUUUGAUCUAUCGUCUAGAAUGGUGGUCAUCAGAAGUUUUGAUUUUGUUGUCUGGUAUUCUACCAAAUCCUAAACUAGAGACUUCAGUUAUCACUACAUGCUUCACAAUUGUUUAUAUGCACUCUUUUGCAACCUACGGAUUUGGAGGCUCAGUGAGUACACUGGUUUCCAAUGAGUUGGGAGCUGGAAAUGCAAAAGUAAUUAAGAGAGUUAUUGCGACAACUUUGAUCGUCGGAACGGCAGAAGUAGUCGUUGGGGCAAACAUAAACCUGGGAGCAUUUUAUCUGGUCGGAAUUCCGGUUGGGGCAGCGUUGACUUUCGGCUUGCAUUUGAAAUCCAAAGGCCUUUUAAUGGGAUUCGCCACCGGAGCUUUGGUUCAAGCUGUUUUAUUUACUGCUUUCACCAAUUGGGAGAAAACAGGAAGGAAAUGA